AUGGAAGAUGCGUGUUUUAGAUGCUUGAAGAUGGGAAACAAUAUGGAAAGACAACGUUCAAACAUUAAAAUAUCUAUGGCAUUAUUUACGUGUCCAUUUUGUAAACAGAAAAUGUCAUGCUAUGUUAAAAUCAAUCGCGAAAAGAACAUCGGGAGAAUUAAAUGCAACAAGUGUAAACGCUACGCUUGUACCAACAUAACUUAUUUGAUGACACCAAUUCAAGUUUUUAUGAUAUGCGAAGAAAAAGUAAAAGCUGCUGCUAACUAGUAGAGAGAAUGAAAGAGGAAGAAUAUUGA